AUGUCGCACCCCUCCCUCAACUCACCUCCGUCGCCUCAACGGAUAGAAAACGAAGUCUGGUACUCUUCCACCAACGAGCUAUUUUCUUCUCUCCGUUCCCUUGGGUUCGGAUUUCCAUCAACUCCAUACUCUUCUUCAGUUCGCCCUGUCAACCCCAACAAACAAGGCCCAAUUUUAAGAUUAUUAGAUGCCUUCGCCAAUAUAGCGGAUGUCAACCAAUCCAGAGUAGCCCUUUCUUGCAGCAGAACUACACUGACUCACGACGGGGUGCUGUCGCUCGAGCUCACUGUGUGCGGAACGUGUCCACCAGGACCUACUGUCACCACACGAGGCACAACGAAUGCUAUAAAACCUCUAGAACUGAUUUUGCGACGAGGGCCAACUGUCACCCUCCUGGACCACAUACAGGCGCUCAAAUUUUUUCUGGAGCGCCUGAGAACGGAGCCCAGCACACGACCUGCCUUCAAGAGCCUCGCAAGAUACAUAACGGCUUCCUUUGCCGAAUCGACGUUCAUCCGCCUUGAAAAUUCGAUAGAAGACAGGCAGUUCCUCCAAUCCCUGCGUGACGAACCACUCCCUUCCACCAUCCAGGGAGAUUUUCACCUCCACCAGUGCCAACCAUGGGAGAUCGACGCCGAUAUCCGCUUCCUCCAACAUCUCCGCCAUAAAUCGGCGCUGGACACCCUCAACCCUCCCAACUUGGUCCACCUGCCAAGAAUAGCCAACCAACCAUAUUCCCCAUCCCGCCCGAUCUACACCGCCGAAACCUGCGACGAAUUCCACCACCUCCUUCUCUUCCUUCUCAACGGCUACAUAGCAAAGCUGGAAAACUUUGUUCAGUCCGCAAGAGAAGGAAGAGUGGCCAUAAACACCCACCAAUGGGAUCGCAACAAGUCAAAGAAAUUCUCAACACUCUGUACGACGCUGACAGCCUACGGAAUCGUGCUUCGCGACUUGGCAGGAUCUCCUGCGUUUGUUCAGCACUUGAAAAGGGUGUCUAGAUUCUUGACGCUCCCGGAUGUGGACCCCCACCACGCCCCAUACACGCGUAGCGGGUCGGCCCUAUACAACGCGCUCCUGUCUGGGAACGUGGUGGGGGCCUACAUCGCAUGGACGAAGUCGCUGUUAGGACCCCUGCAGAGCCUUCUGGUCAUCCAGAAGGCUUUCGCCAAGUACAAGAGGCAGGCAGAAGAAGAAAGGCUUCCUCUGCCAAAGAUAUCCUUCAACACCGUCAUCACCAUCCCAGCAGAAUAUAGAACCCACCAAGCGGAGCGAGCGAAGCGCCGAGAAUGGAGAAGCGUCGCCACCGAAGCGCUGAAGGCUAGUCCCCCUGAGAGUACGCCAUCGGAGGGACCAGGAGCCCGAUUUUCACCAGCGGCAUAUAUCCAGCUCCUCGAGUUUGCAGGGCUGCCCAAGUCCGGUGACCUCCUCACAGAUCCCGAUCCGACUCGCUCAGCUUCUUGUACACACCCAGAAGAGCUGGGAAAUGCCGGUCAUUUCCACCCAGAGCUGUGUCUCGCCACACUUUUGAGCUACUACGCCCAAAACGACGAAAAUCCUAACACUGACAAUCCAAUACCCUUCAAAGAAAUCAUCCCUGUCGGCACCUCAGGCAGCAACUGCGCAGGUUGCAACGCUGUGUUCGCCGCAAUCAGAGAAAAGUACCAUCGCCUAGUUCUGCCCGGAUGGUUACUUGAGCCUGGUACACCACCUUCAGCCAACGGGUGCCACCUUCCAGAAUGGUUAACGGACGAGUUCGUGGAGACCGCUGUGCCGCAAGUUCGAAGGCAGCUGCAGAUUCUGGUCGAUAGCCAAGUCAACCAAGUUCAUGCGAGCGACCUCGAAAGCGACAGCGACAUGGACGAUUCCGAGUCUGAAGAAGGCGAGUAUGGCCCUGAAGACGAUGCUGACGACUCGAUGGACCAAGAUGGGCAUAGUGACCAUGAUGAAGACGAGGUCAUGGUCUAA